AUGCAUGGCAUGUCUGUGUCUAUUCUCUUUUCAGGCCCUUGCAAAUUGCCUCAUGUCUUGCCAGAAAGGGGAGUUGGGUUUGUCUGGGUGAGGAUCUCCUCAAUGUACUUGCCAGUCAGUACUUACAGCUCCUGCAAACCCACAUUGUAA